AUGUUCAUAGCUUUGUCCGCUCUAUUCGGCUUUGUGACAUUAUUGCGACUUUCAUACAAUCCGCCUCUGGAUGAUUCUAAUUCGCACUUCGACGGUCUGUCCGGGAAGCAAGUGGACGUGGACUGGUCUCGAUUUGCAUACACCCAAUAUGCUACCGACAGAUCUUAUCUGUGCAACUCACUCAUGAUUUUCGAGGCUCUUCAUCGCCUUGGAAGCAAAGCCGAUCGCGUGUUGAUGUACCCAUACGAUUUCCUCUUGUCUGAGAACGAUAGUUCGCCGGAAGCUCGUUUACUUCGCUUCGCAAGGGACGAAUAUGCAGUCAAACUCAAGCCAAUCAAAGUAAUGAUGAAGGGUGGGGGAGGUGCACCGUGGUCAUCGAGCUACACGAAACUCCUCGCUUUUAAUCAAACGGAAUAUGAUCGGGUUCUUAACUUGGAUUCCGAUGCAACCCUUCUGCAGGCUAUGGACGAGCUGUUCCUGCUUCCACCUGGCUCGGUCGCCAUGCCACGGGCCUACUGGUUAGAUCCAAAGGAUCGAGUCUUUACGUCUGGACUAAUGCUCAUCCAACCGUCUGCGGUUGAGUUCGAUCGCGUAAUGGAUGAAGUUUCCAAGGCUACUUCUGACGUAUACGACAUGGAGAUUAUGAACAAGUUAUAUGGAGUUAGUGCGCUUGUCGUACCGCACCGUCCUUAUACUCUUUUGACUGGAGAGUUCCGCUCCAAUAAUCAUGAAGCCUAUCUGGGUAAUACAGACGAACUGUGGGAUGCUGAGAAAAUCCUCAAAGACGCUAAAUAUCUACAUUUCUCCGACUGGCCAGUUCCUAAGCCAUGGGUUGCAGCUACUCGUGAUGUGAUCAACAAAACGCAGCCUCCUUGUGAGAUAAAUCCUGCAACUAGUCAACAAGAUGACUGCCGUCUCCGAGAAAUCUGGUUAGGGAUAUACAAGGACUUCAUGGCCAGGCGACUUGGUGUAUGUGGCACUGCUCUUCGAAAAGAAUCUUCAUGA